GCCAAAUACAAAAAAAAAAUGCCAAUUCUCAGAUUACUGGUGGUUGGGUAUCUAAUAUUCAUGCAAAGCAUAUUUGCUUUUGCAUCUGAUAAUAAGAGUUUGCUGACGGAAGAUAUUAUGGCUUCGCAAAUCUGCAAUGGAAUGUACGCCAAAGAUGGAAAGAAAUCGGAAAUUAAAUUAAAUGUCGAUGAACUUAAGUCAAACUUUGAUGGUGCGAUUCGCUUGUUAAUUUUCAAUUGGAAAGAAGUUGAUUCAGUUGGUUUAGUUGGUGAAGACCAGCAACGUCAUUAUAUCUGUGAUUAUCCUGAAAUAGAAGCUGAUUUUUGCAGUGAAGAACAAUAUGGGCUCUAUCUGGUGGAUGAAAAUAAACCUCACAAAUCUGUUUUCUCGGAUUUCAUAAAUGCGAAAACAUUGGAUUCACCUUUUGUCUACCCUGUGGAUGAGACUGGAUUAUAUUGUGUCUUCACUGCACCAUUGGAGGGUGCCAAAGAAAUGUAUACUAUCAGUGUUACUUGGGAGAACUAUUUUGGUGAGCUUGACGCUACUGAAUAUCCCCAUUUGUUUUUGAAUCCCGCCUUGCUUAUUUUGAACGUUAUUGUUUCCAUUUGGUGGUCAUUAAUUAUGUUUCGCUACAGACAUGAUCUUCUGCAAGUUCAAAAGUACAUUUCAGGCGUCGUCGUUCUUUCUUUGGUAUGUGGUUUCAUUUCUUCUGGAUACUUUUUCUAUGCCAACGCAAAUGGUUACUCAACAGCAAGUAAAGUAUUUGCCUUCUUUUUGUCUAUCUUUCAGGCUGCCCGUCAAUCCUAUUUCGGUUUUCUCGUUCUAAUCGUCUCCUUGGGUUAUUCAAUCGUUGUCCCAACCCUUGGCAGCCUCCUUCGUAAGUGCCAAAUCCUUGGAGCUCUACAGUUUGUUGCUCUGAGCUUUUUCCUUACUUCUUUAUUUGUGAGCCCCAAUAACCAAGAAUCUCUCGUCUUAAUGUUUGCUGCUCCUAUCUUUUUAUUCACCAUUUUCGCCAUGUUUUUUUGGAUCGUUUUGGCUUUGAAUAAUACUAUUCAAGACCUUCGUUUGCGUAAACAAACCGUGAAAGCUCAAAUGUAUACUCGUUUAUGGGUCGUUAUUUGCUUCGGUAUAAUUGCCUAUGGAGCAAUUGUCGUUACUAAUGCUAUCUUAAUUGGAAUUAAUGGUCAAAUGAACUACUACUUGAAAUACUGGAAGUUACUUUGGUUCUUAGAUUACGGAUAUGCUGAUAUUCUUUCUUUCAUUUUGAUGGUCACCAUUUUGUAUAUAUGGAGGCCUACCGAGAAUAACCGUCGUUUUGCUAUGAGCGAACAAGUUGCUCAAGAUGUUGAUGAAUUUGAAAUGACAUCCUCAGUUUCCCAUGAAAGUCUGCCCAUUUAUCAAGAGCAGCCAGGUUCGGAAGCCCAGCAUGGUACACGAAGUGGAAAUGCUGAUGAACAUCAAGCUCUCUUUGCUGUGGACGAUGAAAGUGAUGAUGAUGCUCCGUAUCGUGUGAACGAAAGCAAGCAAAAGCCUACUUAAAUGUGCACUCCGUUUCGAUACCUUGAACGUCGGCGAGUCUGUAUUUAAUUUGGAAAUUAGAUCUUUUUUCGACUUAAUCAUGAAAUUCUUUAGAUGUCUUUAUAUUUUUUCUUUUUUUAGUUAGUUACAAUAAAUUAAAGAAUACUAUUAAUGAUGUAAAGAAACAGAGUUAUAUGAUUCUUGUCCCAAAAGCCCUCCAUCUCUUUGACAAAAAAGAUGUUGAUUUUGAGUUAGUGUUAAUUAAAGGCAUAUACUCCAUAACGAAAAUAUCAAACCAUGGAGUUUCAUCAAUUUCUUUGGGAAUUUGAUCACUUGAAACGCCCUUGGACAAAAGUUU